UUUCGAGUAGUUUGAGGUUAAGUACAGGACAAAAAAAUGACACCUGCUUUAUUAGAAUUGCCACUUGUUGCUCUAUCUGUGGAAUCCAAACAAGUUAUCUCAACUUUAUUAAAUCCACCGAAAGUUAUCCCAGCAGAAAAUGGUUUGCCCAGGGAUUGGAGAGGUCUCGCACAUUUAUCGAAUGUGGGUGGGGAGAUGAUGCCGUUAUUGACAUCACAUCCAGAUCCAUCUGCAUAUAUUUUAACAUUAUAUGAACAAAAAAAUAAAAAUAUAACAAUUAAAGAUCUUCAAGCAAUAUUCGAAGAGCUUGACAGAUGGGAUAUCUUGGAUGAUACUGCAGAACUUUUUGAAAGAGAUGCACAGAAAUAUUUGGAACAAAUAGAAAGAUCUCAAACAUCAGCCGAUGUAAUUAUAAAUGAAGUUGACGAAAAAGUUUUGACUAUAGAUGAUCUUCACAGACUAAAACAAGGACUUGAAAAUCAAUAUUAUGAUGCAUUUUUGUUAUAUGCUGAUGAGGACCUUAAUUUUGCCACUGAAAUGAUGGAUAAGCUGGAAAAUCAGUACAGCUUAAAGCUCUGUGUAAAGGAUAGGGAUUUAAUUGGUGGUAUUACAUUUGAGCAUGAAGCUGUGAUGACAUUGAUCUCAGAGAGGUGUAAUAGAUUAAUUGUAAUAGUGUCACCUAAUUUCUUGAAAAGUCCAGCAAAUAAAUUCUUUUUAAACUAUGCUCAAGCAUUGGGUAUUGACAAACGUCAGAGGAAAGUAAUACCAUGUCUCUAUGAAAAAUGUCAGUUACCACCGCAAUUACAUUAUAUGUUUAUAUUGGAUUACAAUAGAGUUGGUAUGUAUGAUUUUUGGGGAAAAUUGAGAGAUUCUGUUAGGAUACCAAAUCUAGCAGAGGAGAAUGCAACGAGAAAUUUUGAGAAGGAAGUAGUACUUCCGAAGACAGUAAAUACUCAUGAUGAAUUUGAAACAAAUGGAAAACUCAAUGAAGAAACUAGUAAACAUUUAAAGCCAAUUCAGGAGCAAGAAAACCAUAUAAGAAAUUCUCAUGAAUUAAAAACAGAAAAUAACUUUCAUAAUCUGGAUGAAAAUAUAUGUGAGCCAAAAGAUAAGAAGAAGUCUGAUAAUUUUCUACAACGCACAAUGAAAAAGUUGACGCGAAAAUCAGAACAUCAAACAAAGGAAUAUAUACCAAUCACAGAAACAGUGAGCUUACCAUCGCUUGAAGGUCUCGAUACACUGAGUACUUCGAUGGAUUCUAUGAAGAAAAAACAUAAAACGAAAUUCAUAAAUAAAUACAUGAAGAAAGUGCUUGUAAAGUCGUAAUACUCUAUUGCAUGAAAAUGAAUUAAUUUUUUAUGUUGUUGAUACAUUAUGUACAUAGAUUAAUUAUAUAAUAAAUAGUAUUUUUAACUAUGCAAUAUUCAAAUGAGGAAAAACCAGAAACAGAUUAAAUAUGAACAUACUUGUAGAGGACGCUAAAGUACACUAAAGUUAUAGCGUUACGUACUAUAGUAAACAAUUGUUAUUUCUCUUUUGAUUGGGGAAUAUCGAGAGGGAUAUGUAUGUACAUAUAUGUUACUCGUUCGUUUUGUUUAAAAGGCGGCGGGAAUUGAAUUCAAAAAGUCGCCACUUGGUGGCACCACAAAGUCACUUUCAAUUAAACUCCCGCCAACGUAUUAAUUUUGUACCGCCUUUUUUGUGUCCAUCUUCAAUUGUGAUUUUAUUUAUUUUUCUGAGUUACCUCUAUAUAUUAUUUAGGUACAAUACGUUAAGAAUAAAAAUAACUAUCUGUGAUACGUGUACAAUUCAAAUAAAAUCUCCUAUUGAG